UCGCACAUUCGCGAGUAAGAUUCUAUCGAGAUGCCGGUGUUCCACACAAAAACCAUAGAAAGCAUCCUCGAGCCUGUUGCACAGCAGGUCUCGCGGCUGGUCAUUCUGCAUGAAGAGGCUGAAGAUGGGAAUGCAAUGCCCGAUUUGGGGAGACCUGUGCAAGCAGUUAGCAUGGCAGUGGCGAAUCUCGUUAAGGUGGGGAAAGAGACGAUCAAUUCUUCUGACGAUGCUCUGCUCAAACAAGAUAUGCCCGCUGCGUUGCAACGUGUCGAAGGUGCCUCGCGCCUCUUGGAAGAGGCUUCGGCAAUGUUGAAACAAGAUCCGUACUCUGGACCUGCUAGGAAGAAGCUUAUCGAGGGCUCGCGUGGAAUUCUUCAAGGAACCAGCUCCUUAUUGCUGUGCUUUGACGAGAGCGAAGUACGAAAAAUCAUUCGAGAAUGUAAAAGAGUAUUGGAUUACUUGGCAGUCACGGAAGUUAUCGAAACGAUGGAAGACUUGGUUCAUUUUCUUAAAAACUUGAGUCCUUGCCUCAGUAAAGUGUCGAAAGAAGUGAGCGCUCGUGAGAAGGAGUUGACCCAUCAAGUGCACAGAGAGAUUCUAGUACGCUGCUUGGAGCAGGUGAAAACGCUCGCACCGAUUCUCAUCUGCUCCAUGAAAAUAUUCAUUCACAUCAUCUCUCAAGGAGGUAAAGGGGCGGAGGAAGCUGCCGAGAAUCGGAAUUACUUGUCCGGCAGAAUGUCGGACGAGUUGAACGAGAUCAUUAGAGUGCUGCAACUGACGACGUACGACGAGGAAGAAUGGGACGCCGACCAGCUGACCGUACUGAAAAAGGCUCAAAGCGCCAUAGAGUCUCGAAUAAGAGCCGCGUACGACUGGUUGGACGACGGACUCGCUUUGCGCGGCGGAGUAGGAGAAAAGAGUCUUCGGCAAAUAAUCCAACAGGCGCAAAGAUUGGCAGAAAGAUAUCUACCGCCCUCGCAAGCCGAACCGUUGCAAAAAUUAUCAUCGCAAAUCGCUACCAUGACCAACGCUCUUUGUGAACUGAGGCAAAAUGAGAAAGGAACUACGCCGCAGGCAGAAGCCCUGGCACGUGGUAUAAAGGAGAAGACGAAUGAACUUCGCAGCGCUAUCGCCUCUGCCAUAGUCUCCGCUGAUAAAUCCGGAACUACGCAAACGGCUCACACGGUCGCGGGUCGUUUAGAACAAGCAAACAAGUGGCUUCUUAAUCCGCAACAGGAUGACAAAGGACUCGGUCAGAGAGCCAUAGCUUUAAUCAUACACGAGGGGAAAAAGAAUCAGCAACACGUGGCGAGCGUCGCCGAGGGUCUGCCGGGAAUACACAAAGCAGAGAUUUUACAAUUGUGCGAACAAGUCGACGACCUUUCCCAUCAACUCGGAGAUCUAUGCGCUCACGGUCAAGGAAACACUCCUCGCGCUCAAGAGAUCGCUCGUCAGCUAUCGCACAAGUUGUACGAGCUCAAGAACAGAAUACAACAGGCCGUUGUGUCUAGAGUGGUUGAAGAUUUCAUCGACAUAACUACGCCGCUGAAGCAAUUUACAGACGCUGUGUUGGCACCGAUCGGCACUCUGGGCCGCGACCAAAACUUUAACGACAAAACGCAUGCUCUUCAGACGUUUUCCAAUAGGGCGGCCAAGACUGCCAGGAUGGUGGCUGCCGGAGGAAGCGGAGGAAACAAGAAACUCGCGGAAGCAUUGACCGCGAGUGCCUCGCAGGUCGAGUCGCUGACGCCGCAAUUAAUCAACGCUGGACGCAUUCGUAUGACCUAUCCGGACAGCAGGGCGGCCGAUGAACAUUUUGAGAAUCUGCGACAACAGUACGCGGAAACGAUGCAACGAGCGCGCGCGUUGUGCGACGAAGCGACCGAUAGUGGAGAUUUCAUCAGGACCUCGGAGGAACAGAUGCAGAAACAUUCGUUCCUCUGCGAGGAGGCAAUCGCAAAGAGCCAUCCUCAAAAGAUGGUCGACAACACCGCCGCGAUCGCCAGACUGGCCAACCGAGUGAUACUCGUGGCGAAGCAAGAGAGCGACAACAGCGAAGAUCCUGCUUUCAUUCAAAGAGUCAAUCGUGCCACGGAUAUUCUUCAAAACAGCGUGGCUCCAAUGGUUCAAGACGCGAAACUGGUUGCAAUUAACAUUAGCGACAGUAACGCGAUUUCACGUUGGCGAGAAAGCAACCGGACGCUCCUGACUAACGUGGGACAAGUUCGUAAGGCCAUAGUCGUUCAACCAGAUUUGAUACCCCCGCCAGAAAUAUCGCAGCUACAUCUCAACGACGAAACAAAACAAUUGCCAAGCCGUCGAUAUAAUUACUUCACCGACAAAGUUGGUGAACCGUUGAGAAAUCAGCCUUCGCCGAGCAAUUUAUGUGUCAUCAGCACUAGUCUGAACACAAAUAAACCCCGGUCCGUCAGUCCGUUACCAAAGUGGGCACGCGAAGGAGAUAAUCCAGAUCUCCUCUAUCAAGAACUGGCUUCUGACAACGAGUUGGAAAAAUCAGUUCACGACGGAGACUACCAUUACGAUUAUGAUGAUGACGAUGAAGUCGCUCCACCGCGUCCACCGUUACCCGGUGGAGAUGUCCCACCUCCUCGACCUCCGCCGCCAGAGACGGACGACGAGGACGAAAUGUUCAUGCACGCACCGCAGCCUAACCAGCCUAUAAUGAUGGCUGCUCACGGCUUGCACCAAGAAGUGCGACAGUGGUCGAGCAAGGACAAUGAGAUCAUUGCCGCUGCGAAGAAGAUGGCAUUCUUAAUGGGCAGAUUGUCGGGUUUAGUGAGAGGAGAAGGUGGCAACAAGAGGGACCUGAUCGCUUGCGCCAAAGCCAUCGCCGAAGCUUCUCAGGAAGUGACUCGUCUGGCUAAAGAAUUGGCCAGAGAGUGUACCGACAAACGUAUUCGUACGAAUCUUCUCCAAGUCUGCGAACGCAUACCUACGAUUGGUACGCAACUAAAAAUAUUGUCAACAGUGAAAGCUACCAUGUUGGGCGCACAAGAGACGCUCCCCACCUGGGAAGAGUUGAUGCUUUAUGGUACGGAAGAAGAUCAGGAGGCAACAGACAUGUUAGUCGGGAACGCCCAGAAUCUGAUGCAGAGCGUGAAAGAAACGGUUCGCGCGGCAGAGUGCGCCAGCAUAAAAAUACGCACCGCGUCUGGUAUGAAAUUACGCUGGGUGCGACGCCAGCCUUGGUAUCAAUACUAAAGUAAUAGGUUGCAACGAUGAAAGUGAAUUACGACUAAUACAGGUAAAAUUUCCCAAUACUAGAUAAUAAUAGUAGAUUGUAAAAGUCUCGGUUCCGCAUAAUAUGAAAGUGUCCUAACGAGGGACGGGCGGUCAGGUUUUCUUAACGGCAGAUUUCGGACCGCUUUGUACCGCGGUUCGGAUCGCGUUCUUCUUUUAAUAUACAGUUCAAUAGUCAUUUACACGUAUACACGACUAACUGAUAAUGUUCAUAACGUAACGAACGAGCUAGUGAUUAAAUAAGAUAAAAAUGUUGGAGAGAUUAUUCGGGCGAUGUAAAAGCUGAUGCAGUUAAAGAUAUUUUCAGACGAAACAUUUAAAGGGACGGAUCAGUUUACGAGAGUCUUGUUACACACACACUGUUACAUUGAAAACUGUAGGAGACGGUAAGAUGGAGAGCUCAUGCCUUAUAUAAAAUCACCAAUUUGCUGCGUAGUUUUUCACAUACCCGAGUGUAUUAGCUACACGUGUACAAAGCGCGGGCGGCGGCGGUCAAACUGGUAUACUAAAACCGAAGACGAUCGUUGCGCGAAAAUUUUUGUAUCCGAACGAAUAUAGAACGAGACAGACAAUUUUACCGUUGUGUGCCCGUCUCCUCGUUCGUUUUUCCACGAGGUAAACUUGUUUACGGCACGAUUAGUGAGAGAACAAAUUUUUCUCAAGAUGCCAUAUAUUAUAUAAUCGGAGAUGGUACGAGGUAUUUUUUCAAAGCCCGAAAAGUGGUCGAACACAACGGGUGCCGCAGAUACAUAGAAAGUAGCAGAAAAAAGCCUCGUCUGCAAUACUACGUGACGAGAAAAUCUAUUUUUGCAAGUUUUACCUAAUCGUUCUUUUUAGAGGAUUUACAUAGACGUCUUUGACGUAUACUCGUCCUUUCUAAACUGGUGCUAAACAUGUACGUGCAAUCUGUAUACAUACGAUUAUAUACAUAUAUUUAUAUAAGAACGAGCAAUUAUUGAGCCAAAUACGUGGAAUGAAUUUAACAAGGUAUUUUAAAAAGGAAAAUAGAUUUUAUAGCGUGAAAGAAUGUUUUAUAGCGCGUAAAACGAUAGUUUUGGUAAUCUGGUAAUAACGCCAGAUAAUUUCAUGUAAGACUUAAUUACCGUAAUAAAGAUCGAUUUUUAUUUA